GUUUGUCUCGGAUCGGGUCCCAGCCGGGCCAUGGCGGCCAUCGCGAGGGGCGGCCCCGGCGCCCGCGGGGCCCGAGCCGCGACCACCAACAUCGUGUCGCAGCUGCGGCGGGGGCAGCUCAGCGGCCGCGGGCUCACCCGCGGGGCGCAGAUCACAGAGGCCUUGUUAAAGGAGAGAGAUAAGCAAGCAAAAUGGAAUGGGAUUCCCUUGCUGUUGCAGAAGCUGUAUGAGCACAGCCACCCAAACAGCGACUUCUCCCAGUGCCAAAGCAUCCUAAAGGAAAUUUCUCCCCUUCUUUCGAUGGAAGCCAUGGCAUAUGUUACAGAAGAUAGAAAAGCUGCUCAAGAGUCCACUUUCCCAAAUACAUACACGUUUGACUUAUUUGGAGGAGUCGAUCUUUUAGUAGAAAUUCUCAUGAGACCAACUCUUAUUACACAGAAAAAGAAGCAGAAAAUAAGUGAUGACCUCAUCAAGGACUGUCUCAGCAUACUGUACAACACGUGUCUGUGUACGGAAGGAGUCACGAGGCGACUGGCAGAAAGAAACGACUUUGUGUUGUUCCUGUUUACACUGAUGACAAACAAAAAGACAUUCCUACAAACUGCAACGCUCAUUGAAGAUAUCCUGGGAGUUAAAAAGGAAAUGAUCCAGCUGGAUGAUAUUCCCAACCUGGCCAGCCUUGUGUCCAGCUUUGACCAGCAGCAGCUGGCAAACUUCUGCAGGAUCCUGGCUGUCACCAUUUCUGAGCUCGACACGGGCAGUGAUGACAAGCACACACUUCUUGCCAAAAAUGCCCAGCAGAAAAAAAACCUGGGUCCUUCUCGAGCUGAGAUUAAUCAAGCUACACUUCUGAAUAUUCCAGGCUUCAUAGAGCGAUUGUGCAAACUGGCAACACGGAAAGUGUCUGAAACCACAGGUACCUCCAGCUUCCUGCAGGAGCUGGAGGAGUGGUACACCUGGCUGGACAAUGCACUGGUUCUGGAUGCACUGAUGAGAGUGGCAAAUGAAGAGGCAGAGCAGAGCAGUACAGAGUCUUCAGAUGAAAGUGGGUUGGCCAACAGCUCAACACGGACACAGCUCCCACAGUCCAUGAAGAUCAUGCACGAGAUCAUGUACAAGCUGGAGGUGUUGUACGUUCUCUGUGUGCUGCUCAUGGGGAGGCAGAGGAAUCAGGUUCAUAAAAUGAUUGCAGAGUUCAGGCUCAUUCCUGGCCUCAAUAACUUGUUUGACAAACUGAUCUGGAGAAAGCAUUCAGCAUCAGCCCUGGUUCUGCAUGGACACAACCAAAAUUGUGAUUGCAGCCCAGACAUUACUUUAAAGAUACAGUUCUUGAGGCUUCUUCAGAGCUUCAGUGAUCACCAUGAGAACAAGUAUCUCCUCCUGAACAGCCAGGAACUGAAUGAGCUGAGUGCAAUCUCCCACAAAGCCAACAUCCCUGAAGUUGAUGCAGUUGUCAACACUGACAGGAGUCUUGUCUGUGAUGGGAAGAGAGGUUUGUUGACCAGGCUGCUUCAGGUCAUGAAGAAGGAACCAGCUGAGUCCUCUUUCAGGUUUUGGCAGGCAAGGGCAGUUGAAAGUUUCCUUCGAGGCACCACCUCCUAUGCAGACCAGAUGUUCCUGCUCAAGAGAGGACUCCUGGAGCAUAUUCUGUACUGCAUCGUUGACAGCGAGUGCAAAUCACGGGAUGUGCUCCAGAGUUACUUUGACCUUCUGGGAGAACUGAUGAAAUUCAAUAUUGAUGCGUUCAAGAGGUUCAACAAGUACAUCAACACAGAUGAGAAGUUCCAGAUAUUUUUAAACCAGAUCAACAGUUCCUUGGUUGACUCAAACAUGCUGGUUCGCUGCAUCACACUGUCCCUGGACCGGUUUGAGAACCAGUCUGAUGCUAAAGUGGCAGAGGUCCUGUCCGAGUGCCGCCUCCUGUCCUACAUGUCCCAGAUGUCCAUGAGAAUGUCCUUCCUUUUCCGUCUCAUCAAUAUUAUCCAUGUACAGACACUCACACAGGAAAACGUCAGUUGUUUGAACACAAGUUUAGUUAUCCUAAUGCUGGCCCGAAGGAAAGAAAAGCUCCCCUUUUACCUGCGCACCUUGCAACAGAUGGAAUACACGGAAAAGUACCCUGGAUUCAUCCUGAACAACUUCCACAGCCUCCUGCGAUUCUGGCAGCAGCAUUACCUCAACAAGGAUAAAGACAGCACCUGCUUAGAAAAUAGCUCCUGUAUUAGUUUUACCUACUGGAAAGAGACUGUAUCUAUACUGCUCAGUCCGGACCGGACGUCCCCCUGUGCCAUAGUGAGCUACAUCGACGAGGCGUACAUGGACAUUGACAGAGACUUUGUGGAGGAGUAACCCUGGGCUCCAGCUUCCGAUGGACAGCGCUUGGAGGGUCCCUUGCAGCCCGUGGAUUUUCAGGGAUACGCUGUGCAGUGUGUGUGUGUGUGUGUGUGUGAGUGUGAGGAGCACUGUCAAACCCCGGCCCCUCCCGGUCCCAGGCUCUGAUCUCUGACCGAUGAGACUUUGGGCAGCUCUCUGGGCAACACAUUCAGGGAUGUAUCUUCCAGUUGUUCUGGGAUAAAAAUAACCACCUGCAAAUACCAGCCUCUGUUAUUUUUUUUCCUCUCUCUCCCGGUCCAGCGGGGUUGGUCAGAGAUGGUUUUGCUGACAGUGAGGAUACUCUGUAUGUGCCAGUUGAGUUGUGGCUCUCUCAUGGCAAGUCAAAAGCACAGCAGUUGCCCUCCAAAUGUGAGGUCCAAGGAGCCAGUCUGACCAGGACCCCAACACCAGCCACAUGCAGAGCCCCCACGGGGACCCCCUUCAGGUGUAACCCUUCUGCUGGGGUUUGGAAUCAGGGGUUUAGGGUUGGGUAGAGCAUGAGUGUAUGUGUGUGUGUGUGUGUGUGCUUUUAAUUCCUGAGAGCCCUAGCUCCAGUCACCUCUUCACCAUCUCCUUUUGGAUCAUUUGGUACUAAAUCUGUGCAUUAGGAGAGAACCUCUGCUCCUGCUGUCUUUCCUGCAGAUCCUUUCCACCUGGAGGUGUUUUACAAAGCUGCAGAGAACAGAGACAUUUGAGCAGUGGUGGAAUUGCAACAGAGGUUGGCUUUUUCACGGAGCACUUAGCAUUAAAAUGUACUAAUUUUUUAAACUUGCGGCUUGUCCCUUCUCUUGGGUAACUAAUCUGGUUUUAAAAUCCUUUUCAGGACCAUUGCUCUUGAUGUUAACCUGCUAUGCCUGGAAGUCUUAUGUCAGUCUCUUGCUUUCAGUCCUUAAUAUCAACACACACAUUAAUCUUGAAGUGCAAUAUUUACUGGAGAUGUCCGUAUUUCCUGCAUCUGUUUUAAUCAGAAUGUGUUAAAUGCUGGGAAUAAACACUCCUGUUCCUGAAAGUAACUUUGUAGGAUAUGUUGGGAAAGGGGGAAUUGGGUUUUGGCAGUCCUCAUUGCCAAACCUGCACGUGCCCUGCCUGCUCACCAACACUGCAUUAUCCAAGACAGUCAGAUUCCCAGGAAUGAGAUACAGCCAUUACGUUUAAGUCAAAAAAGUGUCUUGCAGUUCCAGCUAAAAGAAACCAGUUUUGAAACAUGCAUCUGAAUUUUUUUUUUUUUUUACAUUUUCUAAUUUAUUUUAUGAGAUGACUUGACUUCAGCUCUGUCCAGGCUCCAGAGGGGUGAGGAUGUUCUGAGCCGGCAGCAUUUUGUGUCUUGUCGUUUCCAGCAGAAUGAGUCCCACUCUGAGUCUCCCAGUGCUGGGGGUGGAGGAGUGAACAAGGCUCCAGUCCCGAGGGCAGGACCUGUCUCUGAACAUCUCCCUCCUCCUCUUGCUUCUCUCACCCCUCAGUGUCCUGCUAUGGACGUGCAGGGUGGUCGGAGCUGCUGAGCUUGUGCAUAAACCUGGAGCCUUGCAGGAGCUCCUGGGGAUCCUGGUGGCCCUCCCUCGGGGCUGCUCCAGUGGGAUCACCCUGGGGAGCUCCUCCCUACAGCAGCUGCAACUCUGUUCUUCACCAGGUCACCCCCGCCCUGCCCCUCCCUCCCCUCAGCUAAUUUCUUUCUCAUCUGUACUUUUUUGUUCUUGGGUAUUUGUGUUUUUGGUGUAUCUUUGCUUCUUCUUAACUGUAAUAGAUGUACACUUCAAAUAAAUGCUUCAAAUUAAAAGGCUUUUAAGUUAAGGGAUGCCUUUUCCAUAGUGUAGUUGAUUGGUGCAUCCACUGGCUGCUGCUCUGACCCUGCCCAGUCUCACCUCCCUCUCUGUGUUUUAAGGUCCGUUUGGGGCUGAGCAGCCCCUGGGAGGCUGAGCUGAGCCCACACCACCCCAUCUGCUCCCAGGCCUGGGAGCACAGGCAUGUUUGGGUCCUCACCUGUUUGAGGUGUCUUGGCUUUGCUUUGGGGCUGAGGCAGGAGGGGCAGAGAAAGGCAGAGGGGAGAAACCCAUGGCAGCUCCUCCAAGGACGGAGCUGGGCUCCAGGGAGAGGCUCUGCCCCAGUGCAGAGGGUCACAGAUACAUCCUAACUGGGGCUACAUUCCUGGGGGCUCGUCUGUCUGUGCCAGGUGCUUCAAGAACCUCAUUUUGAGAGGGACCAGACCCCCUCUGUCCUUCAUCCUUGUGUGUUAUUUAUGGAGAGCAGGGGCAGGUGGUGCUGGGAGAGCCCACUGGCCCCACAGAGGUGGCAGCAGGUUGGGAGCUGGGACAGGGAGGAAGUAGGACCCCUGUCAUUUAACAAAUACCUCGGGAAGUCUGCACUGUCCCCAUGGUUUGCUGAGGUCCGUGCUGCCCUGAUUAAUGCCAAUUUACUAACUGCAAAUAAACAUAUUAAAUGGAAACUAUUAAAGAAAUCUAUUUUAAAGAAA